AUGGACGGAAUCCACCUGGAGAUCCAGUGCAGGCCCGAUCUCGGCGAGUUGUGCGAUGUGACUGGGGGCUCGAUUGGACAGUCCCACUCUAUCCUUUAUGCGGGCGAGAUCUCCGUGGGGUUCCGCCUCCGCCCCAGCUGGGCCCUGGCCACCUCGAUGGCCGCCCCCGCAAAGUCUCUGGGCCACCUAAAGGAAACCCAACCCCUGGACUUCCACCACCGAAACUCAAUCCGCCACCGAGUCGGUCUUGAGGAGGGAAGAGACUUUUGCUGGGCGGCUCGGUGCGACGUGCCCACCGCCACCGGUGAGAUCAAUGCUGAGUACUGA